AUGUCGCAACCGGUCAUGGUCUCGGGUAAGUUAACAACGCCAGGUGGCUCAGCCAUGAAGAAGGGUAGAUGGACCUACCUGGACAAUGUCCGUAGAAAUCCAGGCCCAUUCGUCUCCGAGGAGUUCACUGGCAGCGAGGAAGCAGUGACUGCAUCCGAAAGAGUCAAAGUUUUCGGUGCAGGAGGUCUUGGUUGUGAGAUACUGAAGAAUCUGGCGCUCUCUGGUUUCCAGGACAUCCAUGUGAUUGAUAUGGAUACUAUCGAUGUCUCCAAUCUCAAUCGCCAAUUUCUGUUUCGCGCCAGUGACGUUGGAAGCUCCAAGGCAGAAUGCGCGGCACGAUUUGUGGAAAAGAGGGUGAAGGGAUGCUCAAUCACGCCACAUAAUUGCAAAAUCCAGGACAAGGACGAUGACUUUUAUAUGCAGUUCAACAUAAUCAUUUGUGGACUAGACAGCAUUGAGGCUCGGAGAUGGAUCAACUCAACACUUGUCAAUCUAGUUGACCCCGAGAACGAGGACAGCUUGAAGCCGCUGAUCGACGGAGGAACUGAGGGUUUCAAAGGUCAAGCAAGAGUGAUCUUCCCGACAAUGACCUCUUGUAUCGAGUGUCAGCUAGAUAUGCAUGCGCCACGCGCAGCUGUUCCAUUGUGUACUCUUGCCUCUAUACCACGGCAGCCAGAACAUUGUAUCGAAUGGGCGCAUAUCAUAGCUUGGGAGAACGAGAAGCCAUUUCCCGCAUUAGACAACGACGACCCAGAACACAUUACUUGGCUGUUUCAGAAAGCGCUCGCCCGAGCCAAGGAGUUCAAUAUUUCGGGAGUAACGUAUUCCCUGACUCAAGGAGUUGUGAAGAAUAUCAUUCCAGCUAUUGCAUCGACCAACGCCAUCAUAGCCGCAAGUUGCUGCAAUGAAGCCUUCAAGAUCGCUACGCAGACCAACCCAUGUCUGGGAUUCGAGGAGAAUUAUAUGAUGUACACUGGAGAUGCUGGAGUUUAUACAUACACUUUCAAACACGAAAAGAAGGAUGAUUGUCCAGUCUGCGGCAAUCUCGCCCGUGAUCUUGAGGUAGAUCCGAAUCUUACCCUUGAGGAGUUUAUUGCGUCGUUAGCGGAACGGGCAGAAGCACAAUUAAAAAAGCCGUCAAUCAGGGCAGAAAAGACAUUGUACAUGCAAAGCCCACCCAGCCUAGAAGAGCAAACCAGACCGAACCUAAUAAAGAAAAUUGGAGAAUUAGUGGGUAAUGGCGACGAAAUUGGUGUCACAGAUCCUUCGCUCGGAGCUGUAAAUUUCAAAUACAGACUCAAAUUCUCUAAAGAGUAUAGAGGGAAUGCGAUUGAAACCGCAUCUGCUUCGUAG